GACAUGCCUUCGUUAAUGGGAAGGCAUUCUCGCGUUCAAAGCUGUUUCCGCAUCAGAAUUCAGUCACUGAUGAUGGGACGCCAGUCGGUCACAGACAAGCACGCAUUGCCUCAGUCUUGGCGAACCAAGAAGGUAGGGGAAAUAAGCAUCACAAGAAGAUGAAGAGAGUAAAGCAACGGAGCGGGAAGGGAUACGAUUAGGGUAGUCACAUGACCAUCGCGCCUGGCAUACGCGCCUGUGGCGUUGAUAAUAAGCAGACUCAGCUUGUACUUGUAUUACCAUCUCCUAUCACUCCUUUCUGCUCGGGCUUGCCAUGCUUGGAGCUGUAUCUAUUCAGCAAUCGCUUAUAUCGUCGUCAUCUAUCUGCCAUGGAAUGGGGCACACUUCUUCUUCACGCAGAAGCCGGCCGUCGAUGUCGAAUAUAUGCGCAAAAUUGGUAACCGUGAAGAAGGGCCGCAAAGAAGCGAUAGUGCUGGGUUUGAACAAACCUGUAACGAUAGGCAGAAAUCCGGAAUACUGCACCUAUGUAAUUACAGACGCUUCGGUGUCAGGCCUUCACUGCAAACUUUCCGCCGUUCGAUCUCCCAACGGCGGCGUCAUCGUUUCUUGUCAGGACAUGUCAAAGAACGGCAUCAUUUUGAACGAACAUCGAAUCAGGAAGACAGCAGUCAUCUUGAAGGAUGGCGAUAUAAUCCACAUACCGGACUCACUCACUUUUACUUGCGUUCAUCUUUGGAAAGAUCCUGUCGAAAAAGUCACUGUCUUCGACCCUACACCUCCCCAGCAGCCGACACAUAAGCGAAUCGGCGCAUACAUUGUAACUUCUCAGUGUCUAGGGACUGGCUCCUUUGCAACCGUGCAUCUUGCUCUUGACACAGCACACCAACGGCAAAUUGCCUGCAAAAGCAUUCGGACAAAAAAGGAGCACGAGAUGAGCCAAGUUAUGAAAGAAAUUCGGAUUCUCAUGGCUUUGAAUCACCCUAAUAUCAAUCGCAUAUAUGACUCUGAAGUCAACGGCAACUUCAUUCACAUCUUCCUGCAACUCUGCACCGGGGGCGACCUAUUCACAUACAUCACCAGUUAUGCAGAGAAGGACAGUCGUUUAUGCGAAGCCGAGGCGAAGUACAUCAUGUAUCAACUCCUGAAAGCUCUCAUGUAUCUUCAUGAUAAAAGUAUCUCACACCGAGGUAUGACACCUGAGAACAUUCUUCUCUACUGUCCCGGUCCAUAUCCGCGGAUACUGAUCGCCGACUUUGGACUUGCCCGUCCUAAAUCAUAUCAAGAAACAUUUAAUGUGUGCGGUACUGUCUCGUAUUUGCCGCCAGAAGGUAUCCUUGCACUGGAUCAAAAACAUCUGGGAUACGUUGGGAUGCCGUCUGAUUGCUGGAGUGCAGGCGUUAUAUUAUAUAUCAUGCUAUCAGGCUCACAUCCAUUCGACUACGAAGCAACUUUUGGAUCAUCGGAUAACUGGAUCAGUCUCAUUCAAGACUGUCGUGAUCCCGAGUUUUCGCAAAUCUCACAGAGCUAUCUCAGCGGAGAAGCCCGGCUCAAAGAAAGAAUCAUCAACGGAACUGUCGACUUCCAGAGACCACCAUGGGAUGUUCUACCUGAUGCAAGGGCUCUCGUCGGACGGCUUCUCAUUCACAAUCCUUUACAUCGUGCUACUGUCUAUACUGCUCUUCGCAGCCAAUGGAUUACGACAGAUCUGGAGGAACUUGAUGCUGCGUAUCGGGAUCGAAUACUUGCGUUCCAAUAAGACCUGAAACAUAUCUUCUCCCGCCAGGUAGUCGCUGUUGCUCUGCUAUUUGAACACUUCUUGCUGGUAACUUGUGCCGUCUUCUGCUCUUUUGUUGUUACUAUUCUUUGGCAUAGUUUGUAU